AUGUUGCGCCUCUCCCGACUGCCAAUGGGCCUUGCCCUGACGCUGUCGGCGGCCGUCAAUGUCCUCGCCGUUCCCUCCGUUACCGUGGACAUGAAGGCCGCCUUCCCGUCUGGCCCCUAUCUUCUCGAGCUGCUUGAGACUGCUGCGGGCGAAAACGCGACAGCCUAUUUCCCCCUGCUCGACCGCAUCGCCAACGGGUACUUUAGCGAAGCCAAGACAGACAAAGAUGUCUACGACAAGUUCCUUCAUGUCCUCAACGAGGAUGGUCACGUCAACACUCCCGAUGCUCUCUCUACUUUCAAGCUGGCUCUUUCCCUCAGGACCGCCGCGCCUCGGAUCGAGGCUCACUACCAGUACUACCGAACCGCUGUUGAGCCCAAGCUCGGAUCCGACGCCCAGGAUGGCUGUGAAGCUUGGGUCGAGCUGGGAGGAAAGCAAUACUGCGCUCCCACCCUGGAUACUCCGAAAGAGCCCGAGUCGGCCUUGGACGGGUCAAAGGUCCUGCCCUUCGAUCGAGUCCUGGGAUCCGGCGGUGAGGCUAUCCUGUACGCCGACCCAGCUUCGUCUGCUUUCGGCCCAUUCCACAGUACCUUGGCGGAGAAAGCACGCAAAGGGGAGAUCGAGUAUCGUCUUCGCUACACGAAGCCUGCCGGUAUCUAUGAGGAGCCUCUGCCUGUCAGCGGAUACGGAGUCGAGCUCGCCCUGAAGCGAACCGACUACAUCGUUAUCGAUGACCGUGAGGCGCAAUCUGACGACUCGCAGAAGAUUGCCAACGCCGGAGAGGUGCUUGACGCCGCCGAGGAUGUGGCUGAUUUGAAGCCUUUGGCAAAAUCCGAACUUCAGGAGCUCGGUCUCAAGGCCGCGUCUUUCAUCAUGCAGAGCCAGGACCCCUUUGAGACUCUACUUCGACUUACGCAGGACUUUCCCAAGUUUUCGACCUCAAUUGCUGCUCAUAACGUCUCUACGAAUUUCCUUGCCGAGCACCAGCUGAACCGCCAGCAACUAGUUCCCAGCGGCAUGAACGUGCUCUGGAUGAACGGCGUGCAGCUCAUCGAGCGCCAGAUUGAGGCCUUCACCAUCAUUGACCUGCUUCGCCGCGAACGCAAGCUCAUUGACGGUGUCCGCGAUCUCGGCUUCACUGGGGGCCAAGCGGUGUCUCUCCUUGGUCAUCCCAAGGUUGCUGAGUCCAAAGCCGAUGACGAGCCGCCGCGCUUCGACUGGACGGACGACGAGGAGAAAGAAGAAGUAAUCAUGUUCCUCAACGAUCUUGAAAAGGACGAGAGAUAUAAGGAUUUCCCUAGCCAGUUGACGGCGCUUCUCCAGCGCGUUUACCCCGGUCAGCUGCCUCCCAUCAGGCGAGACAUUUUCAAUCUUAUCGUCCCCGUGGACUUCUCCAAGAUCGAGGACCUCAAUGUGGUGGCUCAGCUCAACACUUUCAUACAGCGAAAGGUCCCGAUUCGGUUCGGUCUGGUCCCUUUGACACCCACCGAGGAUGCUGCCAAGAUCACGAAGGUUCUGUACUACCUUCUGGACAACUACGGCUUGGAGGUGUUCAUCGAGUAUCUGGAUGCCGCCAUGCAGGACGCCAAGACGGAGAAACCGGAUCAGAGCGUCUUCGAAAAGGCAAUCAAGGAUCGCGAACCGCUUCCGACUGCCAAACUGCUUGCUUUCGACGAUGUGUUGCAAUCUCAGGAGCUCCACAACGUGUUGGAGCUGGCCCGGAGCUGGGUAAAGAGACUGAACGCGAACACCCCCAUCCCGCCUGUGUUCAUCAACGGGAUUCCCGUCCCUCGCGAGAACAACUGGCUGCAGGCUAUGAGUAUGAAGGCUAGCAGUGAUUUGCAAACCAUCCAGCGAGCUGUCUACUUUGGUGCGAUUACUGAGGAAGUCUGGUUUCCCGAUUUCUUCCUCGAGAAGGCCGUCAAACGCCGAAACACCUACAUUUACCCAGAAGAUGACAAGUCUAUUAAGAUUCUGGACGUCAACAAGAUAUACACUGAACAUGACGGCCUCUUUAGCAAUAUCCCCGCCAUUGAGGCGUACGCCGACUCUACCAAAGAGAACUGGGCGGUCCUGACUAUUGUAGGCGAUUUCGUUUCCGAUCAAGGGGCCAGUCUUCUCCUUACAGCUUUGGCGUUCCGCCGAAGCAACCCUGGCGUUCGUUUGGAUAUCGUCUACAACCCGCCCACAUCUGCUUCAGCAUCCGCCGUCAACACGGCACUGAAAAAUAGUGGGGACAAGCUUGCCGAAGUCGAGUCUAUAUCUGAUCUCAAGGCCAUUUUCGACAGCGCCGCUGUUGAACCAGAUGGAAUGUUCACAGCAGCUCUCAGCAAAUUUCUGUCUUUCGCUGCCAUCAAGCCGGGUUCCAACCUUGUUAUCCUUAACGGGCGGGUGAUCGGGCCCUUUACCGAAGCUGAGCCUUUUCAAGGUGAUGAUUUCCAGUUCCUCCUGGAAUUCGAACAGAAGGCCCGCAUCUUGCCCGUUUACGCAGCGGUCGAUGAUCUUGGACUGACUGACAAGAUAUCCGGGCCGCUGGCGGCUGCUAAGAUCACGUCGGUCACAGCACUUUCGACCAUUUCUGAUUUGCCUGCCGAUAUCUUCGAAUCUGCACCGUCUAUGCGCGUCAGCGCCCAUGACCAGUGGAACUCUACCUACACCGCUAUUGAGAUUGGAAACCCAGAGACCUCAAGCGUCCACAUAGUCGGUGUUUUGAACCCUGCUAGUGAGCAGGCACAGCGAUGGGCGCCGAUUCUGAAGGUUGUAUCCAAGCUGGACGGAGUCUACCUGAAGCUCUUCCUCAACCCCCAGGAAAAGAUUGACGAGUUGCCCGUCAAGAGAUUCUUCCGAUAUGUCCUAGAGUCUGAGCCGAGCUUCGAUGAGGCUGGCAAGGUGCGGGGACUCGAGGCAUCUUUCAAGGGCCUGCCCUCCGAGGCCCUUCUCAAUGCCGGCAUGGAUGUUCCUCCGUCGUGGCUGGUGGCGCCCAAGGUCUCGGUCCAUGAUCCAGACAACAUCAAGCUGAGCUCCAUCAAGUCUAACGUGUACGCAUCCUACGAGCUUGAGAGCAUUCUGAUUGAAGGACAUUCGCGCGAGGGCGGGCAGUCUCAGCCCCCGCGUGGUGCCCAGCUUGUCCUGGGCACCGAGAAGGAGCCCCAUUUCGCGGACACCAUCAUCAUGGCCAACCUUGGAUACUUCCAGUUCAAGGCUAGCCCGGGCUUCUACAACAUUCAGCUCAAAUCGGGAAGAAGCUCGGAGAUUUAUACCAUUGACAGUAUCGGCGCAAAGGGAUGGAAUCCCGUACCAGGUGAUGAAGGUACCGAGGUCGUACUCAUGGACUUCCAAGGCACGACGCUGUAUCCCCGUCUGUCGCGCAAGCCAGGCCAGGAGGAAGCCGACGUCCUGGCGGAGCCUGAAGACAACAGCAUUGUUGGCCGUGGUCUCAAGUUCGCCGAAGGCAUUCUGGGCAAGAAGAAGUCGGCAUCUGAUGAGGAGCACGCCGAGAUCAACAUCUUCUCCGUCGCCAGUGGCCACCUCUACGAGCGCAUGCUAAACAUCAUGAUGGUCAGCGUCAUGAAGAACACCAAGCACACGGUCAAGUUCUGGUUCAUUGAGCAGUUCCUCUCGCCGUCGUUCAAGGAUUUCAUCCCGCACAUGGCCAAGGAAUACGGUUUCAAGUACGAGAUGGUGACCUUCAAGUGGCCUCACUGGUUGCGUCAGCAGAAGGAGAAGCAGCGCGAGAUCUGGGGCUACAAGAUCCUCUUCCUCGACGUGCUCUUCCCGCUGUCCCUGGACAAGGUCAUCUUCGUCGAUGCCGAUCAGAUUGUCCGCACCGACAUGAUUAGCCUUGUCAACCACGACCUCGAGGGCAAGCCGUACGGCUUCACGCCCAUGUGCGAUUCCCGCACCGAGAUGGAGGGCUUCCGCUUCUGGAAGCAGGGCUACUGGGCCAACUACCUCCGUGGCCAGCCGUACCACAUCUCAGCGCUGUACGUCGUUGACCUGCGCCGCUUCCGCGAGCUCGCCGCCGGCGACCGCCUGCGGCAGACGUACCACUCUCUCAGCGCCGACCCCAACAGUCUGGCCAACCUAGACCAGGAUCUGCCCAACCACAUGCAGUUCCAGAUCCCCAUUCACAGUCUGCCGCAGGAGUGGCUGUGGUGCGAGACGUGGUGCUCCGACGAGAGCCAAAAGGACGCAAAGACGAUCGAUCUCUGCAACAACCCGCAGACCAAGGAGCCCAAGCUCGACCGCGCGCGUCGCCAGGUGCCCGAGUGGAGCGUCUACGACAACGAGAUCGCCGCUCUCGACCGCAAGCGCAAGGGCCUGCUCGUUGAAGCACCCAAGAAGGAGGAGACCAAGGCCGGCGGCGGGGGUGAGGGCGAGCAGCAGAAGCCCGUCAUCGCCGAGGAGGACAAGAACACCAAGAGCCGCAACUGGGAGGAGCCCCCUGCGGAAAAUACGCAUGUCAUAGAUGAGCUAUAG